AUGACAAGUGUUUUAAAAAAAUCAAGAGGUACAAAAGGAAAAUCAGAAUCCAUGCAAGAAGAUUUGCCUUCGAGAUGGGGGAACGUGUCCAGUGGGCACAAGUCCGAAGAUGGUGCAAAGCUGAUGAAGUACAUCGAUGAUAAUAUCAUUGGAAAAGGAAAUUCUUUUUGCGGUCCUUUCGGACGGAGAAAAGUUGUAUACUGCGACUACAACGGCUCCGGGCGAUCGCUGCAGUGGAUUGAGGAUUACAUAGUCCGGGAUGUGUUGCCGACGCAUGCGGCGAGGUGCACCGCGCACACCUACACGUCAGGGCAAAGUGAAAUUUAUAGGUCAGAGUCAAAAGCGAUAAUAGGUAACGCGAUUGGUGCUAGUUCGGACGAUGUCAUCGUGUUUGGAGCGUCGUUACCCAGGUUCCUUGGUGUGCUGCGGCCGCAGAGGGUGGCUCUGUUUGUAUCCUCGAGGGAGACGGAGAGACAGUUGGCGCCUUGGAGGGAGUUUAAUACUGAGAUAAUCAAGAUCCCGGAAUCGAAGGAGGGGUUCAUAGACUUGAAUAAUCUAGAGCUAAGACUGCAAGAAUAUUCUGGAACUGGAAAGCGUAUGAUUGGGUUUUUCCCAGCCGCCUCAAAAUUAACUGGAGUUUUUGCAGAUGAUGUAGCUACAACUCUGCUACUUCAUCAAUACGGAGCGUGGUCUUUUUGGGACUACACCCUCGUUGCUCCCACUUCGAAUGUUGAUAUGAAUCCCACCUUUCUUGGUGUCGAAGAAGGCAUGGUGAGGAAAGACGCACUGUUCUUUAAUUGCGAGAAAUUUAUUGGCGGUGUUCAAGGACCGUAUGUUGCGGUGGUCAAGAAGGAUGUAUUCAAGAAUUCACCAUUGUAUUCGGAUGAUGUUGAGGUGUUAUCGGAGAGAAUCGAGGAGUAUAGAUGUGCGGAGGCAGUGCGCGCCGCGAUAGUAAUGCAGCUGCGAGACGCCGUAGGACUACAGAAUAUUAGAGAGAGGCAGGACAAUAUUACCAGACAAGUUUUAUCUCACAUAAAGAAUAUCCCGGAGUUAAUACUGCUAGGAAGCGCAUCGCCAACAGUCCGAAGGCUACCGAUCUUCUCACUCAUGGUGAAACAUCCACGGGGCACUUUUCUUCACCAUAAAUUCGUCUGCGCGGUUCUGAAUGACGUGUUCGGGAUUCAGGCUAGAGGUGGCCUCACCACUGACCUCAACUACGGCUCUGAUGUGUUAGGAAUUGACAAUCAACUCCUUAAGGAAUAUGAGAAGCUGUUAGAUGUUGAAGCGCAAAAAGAAGUUGCACGAGUUCGCAAAUUGAGCGCUGUGAAAGCACCAGAUGUACCAAUACAUAAUGAGCACAUGAGACCAGGCUUCUGCAGGGUGUCUUUGCCCUUCUUUAUGUCUGACAAUGAACUGGCCUUCGUUUUAGAAGCAUUGAAAAUGGUCGCCACUGAAGGUUGGAAGAUCCUGCCUCAGUACGUAGUUAAUACCGAAACAGGGCAGUGGAGACAUCACACCUGCUCUAUGCUUCGCGAUAGAAAAUCCUUAUAUUCAUUAAAAUUCAUUGACGGACAAAUGACAGCUUGCGAGCGAAGGAUAUCUGGUCCCGGAAUUUUUCCACAAACUUUUACUGAAUGCUUACAAACAGCAAGAAAUCUAUUCAACAGAGCCAGGAAACUGGCAAUGAAAUGUUCAACAAUUGAGCCUGAAGUUGGAUUCAAUCCGCGAAUAGACUAUCUAAGAUGGUUUAUGCUGCCUAAAGAAGCCCACGAUCUGCUGCUAGGUCGAUCUGCGAACGUAAAGCAUAUUGUACCUUUCGAUCCAUCUGGAUAUACAGGAGCAAGAAAGAGCUUAAACUUUUGCAGGUCAUCAGCGACUUCUUCUCCUAUUUUCGGAUCAUCUUCAAGACAUUUCAGCCUCUCAGCUAUAGAAGACUGCCCAAUUUUUCGAUCCAAGCAAAAACAAAAGUUCUAUUCCAGAGAGUCAAGCUUGAAAGAGACGUCAAAAGAACAAGUCGUCAAAGCAACACAUCCAGUAAAAUUCGCAUUGGGUGAAUCUGUGUCACCACUACGAAUGGUUCGUCAGUCAUUUAAACCUAUGAUGGGUAGAUCUAGAUGCUAUAGUUUGGGUUCAGAUAGUCCACCAGUCCUAUUAAGCGCACAAACACAAAUGAAUCUGGGUCUCAAGGAAACAAGUCCUAGUAACGAGAGUAAGGCGAACGGUUUUUGUAACUGUAGCAGCCAAACAGACCUCCAAUCAUUGGAUGAUCCAAUGAUGUCUCCUGAAAAGGUAUUCCCGUAUAGCGCUCAAAGUAGUACCUCUAUCUCCGACUGCAGCCAGACGGGUCGUUUUUCACCAACUACUUCCAUAACAUCGCAAACAUCAGAAGAUAUACAAGCAUACGUCAAGGAGAUGACUAGAGAACUGGCUACUGAAAUCAAAUCAGAAAUCAGGGGAGUUAUUUCUAAAGUCGAUGAUAUACUUGACAAUUCUGAUUCCAUAGAACAAUCAAAUCUCAGUAUGAACUCAGUAUCUAGUCAGAGUGAUAAGAAUUCUGUAUCCAUCAUAGAUGUAGCUGAAUAUUUAAUGGGAGUGUCAAGGGAAAUGGCUUCGGAAGUAAAACAUGAAAUCCGAGAAAUGGUUAAUCAGGUUGACGAAAUGAUUUCACCGGAUUAUGCUAGUUUAUGUUCGAGAAGAAUUUCUCCUCCUCAAGUAGGAAGACGAAGAAUAGGGUCAGGCCCGGAACUAGGUCUAGAUUUACAAAAAUCAACACAGAGCCUAAGGAAGUGCACUACUAGCCCAAUACUUCCAUCCCACAUUACCCAUGGCGAUGAAAGCAAUUUCGAAAAGAAAUCUCCAAGUAUACAGUCUCCUAAAUCAGCUCAUGGUACACCUUCACAUGAGGCAUCUGGACUGAACAACAUCUCCUUCACCUCGAGUGAAACUUCCACGCCAGAUACAAUUAUUCAAGUGGUGACCACAGCUCAAGACUCCCCGGUUCUACCAAAAUCUUCAAGUUCAAACAAACUCUCUGAUGACGAAACCAGCUGCGCAGAUGUAACGUGCGGAGCCUGUUGUAUAAAGAAGACUUGGUGCCAAAAUCCUUCCAUCAGCUCGCAAGAUAGCGGCAUCAAUAUGACCUUCACUGAAACAGACUCUUAUUUAGAUUUUGUAAAAUGGCGGACAUCGUCCGACCCGACGACAAAUAAAUUAAAGAAAUUGCAAGGAAGACUAAGAAUGUGCAAACACGAAAAGAGCGAAGUGCCAGACAUCAUAGAGGGAGUGCCGGUUGGUGAUCACGCGAGAACUGACUCGGGGUGUACCGAAGCAACAGGCAACGCUGGUAGAGUUGCUUUCCAAAUAUCAGAUGAAGGAGAAAGGCAGAAUGUAACUACAUCAGCGACUGAUUCAAAACGAUCGAGCAGAUCGUCGAACGCAUCCUCCAGCUGUUCGGACCGCAGUUCCAGGUCCAGCGGUUAUGGCACUGACAUUCACAGAACCUCACAAGAGGAAAACUUUUAUGAUAGGAGUGAGUCGGAUUGCCGGCACAUGGCCGAGUGCUGGUGGGAGGAGACGGAGUGCGACGACAGCAGCGCCUGUAGCGACGCCUCGCUCACCGACUUCACUGUGGACGACGAGGGCAAGUGGCACUGCCCACCUAAACAUGUCUGGAAAGCCACCGUCGAGGCUGUACAUGAGUACAACAUGAUCCGUCCCGGAGACAAGGUGCUGGUGUGCCUGUCUGGUGGACGGGACUCCAUAGCGCUGUUGCACUCAAUGCACCAGUACCAGUUCUACGCGCGGGCGAAAGGAAUACACUUCAGUAUUGGAGCGCUAUUUGUACACGAGCCUCAGUCAGAUGUGGACCCUCUGCACUUGAUGGCAUACUGCAGAACACUGGGAGUUAAGUUCAUCUAUCAAGACAAACUGGAAGACGACGAAACUUUAAGGCGUAGUGUCAGUAAAUGUUCGGAUCUGCACCGCUGGGCGUCUCAUGCUGUAAGGCAGCGGGUCUACGCUGCUGCUGCGGCUCAUGGCUACGGCGUAGCAGCUGUAGCGCAGUGCCUGGAUGACGCGGCCGCAACCUUCGUCGCCGCCGCUCUCUACGGCGCCGCGCUACGAACUAUUCGUGCACAUUAUCGAAUUCGGGACCAAAACAUUCGUAUCAUCAGGCCGUUUAUUUACGUGCGAGCGCGAUCGCUCGAAGCUUUUGGAUGCUCUCGAGGCUUGCCGGAUUUCACCAGUUCAGAGAUGCACAAGUGUUCCCCGCCCGCCAGCCCUGCGUGCAGUGAAAUGAGUUCUGGAGACAGUAGUAAAGCAGUGGGUGAACGUGAACAGACGAGUGUAGAACUAUCCGCUGUGGAGGCACUACGUUCGGCGCGCGAGCUUCUCGCCGCACAGGAACGAGUUCACUCGCACUUGUACACAAGUUUGAAGUCCGCCUUGCAACCACUCAUCAGUGCCAGAAACCUCCAUCGAGAUGUUAAUGAACGCAGGCACAGAAAGAAGUCUGUGAUUCAAAUGAAAAAUGGCGCUCCCGUAUAUGACUCCGAUGAAGGAACUGAAGAAGAGCCAGUGCCAUAG